AUGUCCUUCACGGUCCAGGUCAACGACGCAAUCCGAGUCACGGCCCAGCCCCUCACCCAGGAGGCAUUCCUCCCGUACGGCAGCGUCAUCGCCAAUCCGCGACCCGACGUCCACCCGUCCGCCUUCUCGUCACACUCGGCGGCGCUGCCCGCCAACGCCGUGUCCGCAAACCAGGGCCACGCCAUCCAGUACCGCAAUGUCAGCCGCGUCAGAAACCUCUACGCCCAGUCGCCCAGUGGGAGCGCCGACGCCGUCAUGAGCAUGUUUGUCUGCUCGGCGCGCGACCUCGCCCCCCUCAACAACGCCCAGGACAUGUUCGCCGUGCGCCUCCUCGAGCGACACCCCUUCACCACGCAGACCUUCUCGCCCGUCGCCUCCUCGGCGAGGCGCUACCUCGUCGUCGUCGCGCCCAGCCUGGCCCCCGGCGAGGCCGACCACCACCUGCCCGUCCCGGCCGGCGACGACGUGCCCGGGAGGGGGCCGCCGGACGUGAGGGCCUUGAGGGCAUUCGUUGCCACCGACGCGCAGGCCGUGACGUACGGCGCCGGCACGUGGCACGCGCCCAUGGUGGCUCUGGGUCCGCCCGGGACGACGCUGGACUUUGUGGUUUCGCAGUUUAUGAGCGGCAUCGCGCUCGAGGACUGCCAGCUGGUGCAUUUCGAGACGAGGGGGCGGGAGGCGCCGCGUCUCGAGGUUGCCGUGCCGAGGGCGAGGCUGGAGAGGCUGUGA